CUUUGGAUUGUGUUUCAAAUGGGUUGUUGUUGUUUUUGUCAUUUGAUUAUGUUUCUCAUUUCAUUCUCUUUAAACUCAUUUCCUUAUUUGUUUGCCUUUGUACAAUAGUUUAAAUUGUUUUGCUAAAAUGAUAUGAAUAUAUCUGGCUUUGCUCAUAUUCUAUUAUAAUUGUUGAAUUGCAUUUUGAGUAUGUGUAAAUGGGAUUAGUAAAGAUGAACUCUUGGUUCUUGGGAAGUUACAUGGUUACAUUAACUACUGUUUACUUCACCAUUACACAACAGAGCAGCAUUCACUGAUCAUAAAGAAGAAUCAUUAGGUAUCCUUUUGGGCAUAUGUUGGCCCCAGUGUUGCCUAUAUUGAAUGUCCCCUGCUCGAAUCACCAACCCGGGAAGGCCUAUACAAAUUGGGGGUCAAAAUCCUGGUUGAAAGCAUCAUUCUCUUGGUUUCAAAAAUCUGGUUUAUACUGCACUGGCAAUGUUAUUUGUUCAUAUGGAAAAAGGUGGCUUUGGUGCUCUUGCUCAAAUGUGCUGGUUCAUGUGCCAGUAAUGCUUACUUGAGGAUGUAAUGUACUAUGCACUAAAGGAUUCGAGUGGAUAAUAGUAUAACUGCAGGAAUGGGGGGUUGCUGCUGUUCUUCCAGAAAACGUCAGCUGCAUGGAACACCUAUAUAUUACUAUUGUCCACCAGUUUUGGAAGAGAAUGAGUUGUUAACAUCUCACAAUAGUGCAGCCACGGUACUCGCUACAGGAUUCCUGGUUGAUUUGAAUUUGGAUGGAUCAACCCCUGACACUUACCGAUCCCCUCCUGCACCUAUCCCAUAUGAUGUGGUUCUGGGACAUCCACAACCAAUUGAUACUGAGUCAUUGAGAGAAACCAUAAAUGGCAGUGUUUUUGAAAAUUUGCCAUUUGCAGAUCUUAAGGAAUCUCAUUGUACAACUGACACUGCCAUUUUCCUUUCCUCUCCGAAGAAGUUGGAAGUUGAACUUCUGAAAUCAGAUGAACUUAAUGUUUCAGAAAUGGAAGAAGAGGAUGUUUGUCCCACUUGUCUUGAAGAUUAUGAUGCAGAAAAUCCAAAGAUUAUCACAAAAUGUAACCAUUAUUUUCACCUUUCAUGCAUUCUUGAGUGGACGGAAAGAAGUGACACCUGCCCCAUAUGUGACCAGGAAAUGAUAUUUGAAGCCAUGUAAUCCCUUCCGAGAUGCAUUUCCUCGUUCUUCAAAGUCAAAGUUUGCCGAUUUGGAGACUGCAGGCAGAUACAUGACAGGACAUCAUGCUUGUAAAUAUCCAGAGACCUAUGGUCUCCAAAUUCAUCUUUAAUUUCUUCAUAGUUUUUGCUUAGAUUGCUUGUGUACGUAUAUUACAAGGGUCAUAUCUUCCCCUAGUUUUGAUUCCGUCUUUGUAAGUUGGAAGUAAGGGAACAAAGUCCUGACACACCACUCCACGAAAACUGUUCUCAGACGGAUUCAUAUGUUAAAGGUUGAAGAAUCUCUCAAUGAAUGAUUACACCCUUGAAGAAAGGAUGGUUAGCUCUGCCCUUUACGUAAUUGUAAUGAUAUAUUCUCAUUUUCUCUUGUACAUAUUUUCAUUUUCUUUUCAGUGUACAUGUAUUCUAUUCGUUUGUCGCAUAUGACUACAUAAUUAUUUUUUUGCUUC